AUGGCUGAAGGAAAGCGAACACAAUUUGCGCUGAUUACAGGGUGCACGCCCGGCGGCAUUGGACACUAUCUCGCGUUAGAAUUCGCCGAAAGAGGCUUCCAAGUUCUAGGGACCGUCCGCGAUCCGUCCAAGUACACGUCUCCACACCCUAAGAUCACCUAUCUGCCCCUCGAACUCCCGCACAAGGAAUCGAUACGCGAAUUGCACAAACGCGUCACCAAGAUUACCGGAGGCAAGCUUGACGUAUUGUACAACAAUGCCGGACGUAACUACGUUAUCCCAGCGCUGGACUACGACGAGGAUGAGCUCCAGGAACUCUUCCAGGUAAACGUCUUCUCAGUAAUGGAGAUGUGCAGAACGUUUGCCCCACUCGUGGUGGAGGCAAAGGGCACUAUCGUACAGACGGGAUCAUUAGCUGGUAUCAUGCCCUAUGUUUGGGGUGCGCCAUACAAUGCUGCCAAAGCAGCACUGCACGCCUACUCGGAUACAUUACGUGUCGAGCUCGCUCCUCUCGGUGUGUGCGUUAUCAACGUCGUGACUGGCGGCGUCAAAUCGAACAUCGCACGAACACAUCGCACUCUGCCACCGGGCUCCUACAUGCAACCGCUUGCUGCCGAAUACGAGCGAAGACUGGUACAUAGUCAGGAGUUGGGUAUGGACACGAAGCAGUAUGCAAGCAGCUGUGUCAAGCAAGUGCUCGCUGGCGAUGGCAUCUUCUCUAAGACGAGAUGGAUAUGGGAGGGUAAGAUGAGCUGGAUUGUAUGGUUCGCGUGGACAUAUCUCCCGACUUCGGUGCUUGAUUACUACUUCACCGCAACGUUCAAUCUGAACAAGUUAAGGGGAACUGCAGGGCCGGAUAAGAAGAUUCGAUGA